AUGAAGGAUGGGGAAUGGAAUCUAGAUAAGAUACUUGUUCUGCUACGUGAGGAGGUAAAGAACGGAGAAAAAUGCAGGGAGAUCCAGGCACUAAGCUUAGUGAUUCCCGACAUCUGUCGUCGUCUGAGCUAUCGAGGGCUUCCCUAUCCCUCAAAGCCGAUUUUAAUUGUCAUAUGCCCGUUACUGUCGUUGGUGGAAUCCCACAUAAAAGAGUUUGGCUCUCGUCACAUAUCUUKUGAACACGUAUCCGGAGAAAACGCGGACAAAGAAGGCAUUAAAGCUGGAAAGUACAACGUCGUGUUUACCAGCCCCAAAGCUAUCAUAUUAAACAAAGAAUGGAGUGAUAUGCUUCGAUCUAGGAAGUACCAGGAGUCCCUAUUUGGAAUAGUCACUGACGAGGCUCAUGUUGUGCCUAAAUGGGGUUAUAGUACCAAGAAAGAGAAAUCUGCUUUACGUGAAUGUUUUGGCAAGCUGGGUGAAUUGAGAUCUCUAGUGCCUCAGCCAACUCCAAUAUUGGCAUUAACAGCAACUGCCACACAACAGACAAAGGAUGUUAUCAUGGCAUCAUUAACUUUACGUCCAGAUAUGGCUCAGUUUUACAAGAGUCCUAAUCGGCCAAACAUAUACUUGUACAAGAAGCAAGUCACAAAACGUAUAGAAUCCACAUUUCAGUGGUUGGUCGAACUCAUUAAGGACAAUGGCAGAGAAACCCCAAAGACCAUUGUUUACUGCAAAACCCACAAAGACUGUGGUAAACUGAUUAAGCAAGUGUGA